GUUCGCAUCAGGAUAGUUGACUGAUGUAACACAUUUGAGAGUCUGUGCUUAAACGUAACGUAUCUGUAACGUUACAGGCAAUGUGUUUGUCGAGGUUAGCCAAAAUAGCUAAUGUAAGCUAGCAUUAACGUUACCUUUUACGCCAGUCCACGCAAAAUAAAAUCUGGUAGGUGCGAUGGUAAACAGCCUCCCUCCGUCUAAAGACCCGACCACAGGAUAGACUCGGCUCGUGUAUUUAGAAAAUGUAUUUAGUGUUUUAAAUUAAUUUUACUUUACAACGUUAAUCACUGCCCGCUAACGUUUAUUGCCCCUCAACUCUCAACAUUCAUGAGUCCGCAACGACAGAAGAAGUGCUUCCGAGGUCAGCUUCCGAGUGCGCCUGCGUGGAACUGGGAAUGAAGCGCUCGAUUUGCUUUUAUCGUUUCACCGUAGCGUCUGUUUGUUUAUUUAUUAUGUAUUUUUAUUUUAUUGACCGAAUAAGAUACAAAACUCUCGUAGGGGAAGAAAGGCAUCUAUCAAUAGGUACAAUAUAAUUGUCAAUACCGAACAACAAAGAAAUAACAACAAACAGACAAGAAAGUGGGUACUAGUUGGAAAAAAAAGCUAGAGAAGAGAAAACAAGACAACUUCGUUUGGACGCAGCAUACAGGGGGAGAUUUAUCAAAACAGAAAUUGCCUGGAUAUAUCUUUGAUCUCUACACAUCACCAUCUGUAACAAAACGAUCACUCCGCCCGCCGUUUUUAUAGACAACGAAUCGACCGCAUGUCUUGUCCGAAAACAUGCGCCGAUGUUGAAAGCUAGCUAGCCGAGCUGUCGGCGCUUUUAUCCCGUUGCAUCCUGUCAGCUAACAGGUCAUAACUCAUUUAGCAGACGCUUACCUCGGUGCGGCAUGGCGGAGGGUAGCGGUAACGUUAACGUCGACGCGGCCAACUUUCCUCCGGGAGACCCGCAGCUGAUCGGUAUGAUCGUGGAGCAUCUGAAGAACAGGGGGCUUUUCGACGAGUUCCGACGGGACUGUCUGGCCGACGUUGACACGAAGCCUGCCUACCAGAACCUGCGACAGAAAGUUGACAACUUCGUCACGUCGCAGCUGAGCACACAGGACUGGAACCCGUCCAUCAACAAGAACCAGAUGAGAAACGGACUGAGGCAAAGUGUUGUUCAAUCAGGUAUGCUGGAGUCCGGUGUGGACAGGAUCAUCACUCAGGUCGUGGACCCCAAGAUGAACCACACUUUCCGGCCACACAUAGAAACUGCCAUCCAUGAUUUCCUGUCAGGGGACAGUAAGGAGGAGAACGCCUUGAGUUCUAACUCUGCACCUUCUGAGCAGACAGAUACACAGGAGGCCUUGCCUGCUUCUGGCCCUAAAACCCCCAGAUUCCCCUGCAACCCUGCGCUCCUGCUCGUGCUGCUGCAACCCAUAAAACAAACAGAUAAGAAUAAAAAAAAUCUUCGGUUGGUCUCAGGCAUGCCGGCGAACUUGUAUGCUCUGUGUUUUCUGCUCCUGGCAUGUCAACAGGUGCUGACCGUGGAUCCGCACCACGAUGUCCAGGAGAAAUAUGUGAGCCAGACCAAAAGACGCCUCUCUCUGCAGAGCACAGCAGAGAUUCAGAGUUGCCUGGUGAGUUCAGGGGAUGUCGGCUGUGGGACUUUUCAGUGUUUCAACAACAACUCCUGUGAGAUCCAAGGCCUGCAUCAGAUCUGUCUCACUCUGCUGCACAACGCCGGACGCUACGACUCACAGGGCAAGUCAUUUGUGAAGGAUGCGUUGCGGUGCAUGGCGCUGGGACUGCGGCAGCGCUUUAGCUGCGUAAGCCGCCGGUGCUCGGCUGUAAAAGAGAUGGUGUUCUCUCUCCAGAAAGAGUGCUACUCCAAACACCAGCUCUGCUCGGCGCUACGGGGCCACUUGGACACCAUGGGAAACCUGGUCCAGUUCCAACUGAUGUUUCCCCUUGGACCAUACGUGGAGCUGAUGAACUUCUUGUUGAACUGUGGGGAUGAGGUCCGGUUGUGGGUUGGACGACGGCUGCGCGGGCAGUGCGAACAACACUGGGGGGCGCUGUGCAGCAGCUUUGGCAGCACCUGUUUUCUCAGCCAAUCAGACGCUCCACAGCACACCACCGUCCCACCACCAACCGCGACCUGGCCUAUCACCACUCAAGGAGCCCUGCAGCAGCCAACCAAAGCAGCCGAAGUAGAGGACAGGAGCGGGCUCAGUCAGGUCCGCAACGCCACAGAAUCUGGUCUACCAGAGAAAUCCAAUGUUACUGCUUCAUAAACAGUCAGACGAGUUACACAGAGGUGCAGACAGGGUACGCAAAUAUCAUGCACUUAUUACUAUUAUAUCGGUAGAAUGAGUAAAAGUAGUGGUAGUAGUUUUAUCAGACUAUUCAGUGCAGUAUUGCUGGCGAAAGCAAUGCAACAUAACGUAUUUAAUCUGUUGGGUAUUUGUACUAUAUUGUUUUUUUCUUUACAUUUUACUUUGUCAAAGAUGAAAACCAAUUAUCUACCUCACUUCAACAUCACAGUAAACCACAGUGGCAGCAUCCUUCAGCAAAGGGUGUGGACGCACGCGAGUAAACACUACAGGGAAGUUGUCUCUAGCUCAAGCACAGCUGAUGUCUGUUUUUGUAUUUAUGAGGAUUGUUAUAUUAUGCACACUAUCAAACGCUUGUAGACAGUGAGGGUGCAGUCUGCAGGAAGGGAAGCACUCUUUGGUUAUGAGGUCUUAUAAAUAUGUAUUUUUGAUGCUCCACUUGAACGAUCACAUUUCAUACAGACCCCAGGUUUCAAGCUAUGUUUUUUAAGUUUUUAUUUAAAUGAAUGUAAAAACACAUUUGUAAGCAUUUUUGAUUUAAAUUAAAUAAACUACAAUGAUGUCAGUGGA